AUGGGCGAUUUCAACAUAAACCUACUUGCAUCUGACACAUGUAAAGAUGCUCAAAAUUUUUUGUUUUCACUUCAAAGUCUUGGCUUAAUGCCGACGAUUGAUAAACCAACAAGAAUAUAUAAGAAUUCAGCAACACUUAUCGACAAUAUUUUUAUCAACAAUUUUGAUGACAAUUUG